GAUGUGACUAUGUUAAAAAGGGAGAUGAAGCCGGAAAAUGACAGGCCACGCCGCGUCCGAUUUCGGAUUGCAUCGUCUCACAGUGGGCGAGUUCUGAAGGAAGUGUACGAUGAUGGGCAGCCUUCGGGAUCUCUGGACUCGGAGUGUGCCAGUAUCUGUGGGAUAGAUGGAUUCAGUGAGUCUGAGGGACACCAAAAUGGUCACCUGGGAUCGGAAAGCGACGAGCAAGAGAAUGGCCAGGAUAACCUGCUGGCGUUAGCCAGGGCUGCCAGUGAGCAGGGCUUUGGCAUGAGAAGAGUCAACAUUUUAAGCAAAAAUGGCACAGUAAGAGGUGUCAAAUACAAAGUGAGUGCUGGCCAAGCCUUAUUUAACAACUUGACCAAUGUAUUGCAGCAACCAGCCACUGAGCUAGAAUUUGAUCGAGUAGUGAUUUAUACCACGUGUCUUCGUGUGGUACGGACAACGUUUGAAAGAUGUGAACUGGUUAGAAAGAUCUUCCAAAAUCAUCGAGUAAAAUUCGAAGAGAAAAACAUAGCUCUGAAUGGUGACUAUGGAAAAGAGUUAGAUGAACGAUGCCGACGGGUUUCUGAAGCUCCAUCCCUCCCCGUGGUGUUCAUCGAUGGCCAUUAUCUUGGGGGUGCUGAGAAAAUUUUGUCCAUGAAUGAAUCAGGAGAGCUGCAAGACCUCUUAACCAAAAUUGAGAGAGUGCAGCAUCCACAUGAGUGUCCUUCCUGUGGAGGCUUUGGCUUUCUUCCAUGCUCCGUGUGCCAUGGGAGCAAGAUGUCAGUAUUUCGAAACUGUUUCACGGACUCAUUCAAAGCUUUGAAGUGUACUGCUUGCAACGAGAACGGUCUGCAGCGCUGUAAGAACUGUGUGGGUUAG